AUGUUGAUUGAGAGUCUUCCCAUUGAGGUCUUAGAAACCAUAUUCACUCGGUUGCCUUCUGUGUCCACUUUACAAUGCAGACAGGUAAGCAGAACUUGGAGAACGAUCAUCCGCAGAGUCUGCAGAAAUAAGCUCGGUCUGCUGUUCGCGUUUGAAGGGAUUAGUUCUACACGAAAGAACCAAAGAGAAGUACAACUCUACGAUGAAGAUCGUGUUCGUCAUGCAGUUAAUAAUCUCGAGAAGUACGACUUUGGUGAGACACUUGUAUACGGUCCUGACUACAGAGAAGCAAGCUUACAGACGCUUGAAUUCGAUAAUUCCAUUGUUUGUUCAUGCAGUGGAUUAGUUUGCUUUCCGAUGCAGAAUACAUUAGUAGGUAACCCUGGCUUUAUUAUUUGCAAUCCUGUAACCGGAGAAUACGGUUUUCUUGGAGGAUCUAGAACUAUGCGUCAAAACUUGAACUUUGCAUCCGAAGGUGGAUUUGGUUGCAUUCAAUCCACUAAAGAGUAUAAGGUUGUCUAUUAUGGUGCAUACAGCAGAGGUGGGACACAUGCAUAUGUUUAUACUCUUGGAAGUCGGGUUCAAUGGAGGAGAAUCAUCAAUGAGAAUAUCCCUUACACAUUCGAGAGUUCAGCUAUUUUUGCUAAUGGAGCUAUUCAUUGGUUAGAUUCCCCCAAGGAUUGUGCACCAUGGUGGUUGCCUAAGGUUAAUAUUGUGGCUUUUGAUUUGGUAGAUGAGAAGUUUAAAUCCGUCCCAUUACCACCUUUGGGUUAUGUUGCUAUUGGAAAACGCCGAAGACUGGUGUCGUUGGGGGGAAAUUUGUGUUUAGUUAUUGACAAUAUUGGCAGCCAGCUAGCCUUAGUAUAG